CCAUGGCUAGCACGGCUGUGCAGCUCCUGGGCUUCCUGCUCAGCCUCCUGGGCCUGCUGGGCACACUCAUCACCACCAUCCUCCCGCACUGGCGGCGCACGGCGCACGUGGGCACCAACAUCCUGACGGCCGUGUCCUACCUGAAGGGGCUGUGGAUGGAGUGCGUGUGGCACAGCACCGGCAUCUACCAGUGCCAGAUCUACCGCUCGCUGCUGGCGCUGCCGCGUGACCUGCAGGCGGCGCGCGCGCUCAUGGUCAUCUCCUGCCUGCUGGCCGGUAUGGCGUGCGCCUGCGCCGUGGUGGGCAUGAAGUGCACGCGCUGCGCCAAGGGCACGCCUGCAAAGGCCGUCAUGGCCGUGCUGGGCGGCGUCCUGUUCCUGCUCUCCGGCUUGCUGUGCAUGGUGGCCGUGUCCUGGACCACCAACGACGUGGUGCAGAACUUCUACAACCCGCUGCUGCCUAGCGGCAUGAAGUUCGAGCUCGGUCAGGCGCUCUACCUGGGUUUCAUCUCGUCGUCCCUGUCGCUCAUCGGGGGCACCCUGCUCUGCCUCUCCUGCCAGGACGAGGCUCCCUACCGGCCCUCCCAGGCUCAGCCCAGGCCCACCACGGUGUCUGCGCCCACCUACCGGCCUCCGGCUGCCUACAAAGACAACCGUGCCCCCUCGGUGACCUCAACGACGCACAGCGGGUACAGACUGAACGACUAUGUGUGAGUCC